AUGCAAAAACGUCCAACACCACCACUCGUGAGUAGCGCCCGUAACAUUCAGGGAAGUGUUGCCUCCUCAUUGUCGGACCACCACUUUGACCACUCUGGUGGCAGUCUUCACUUAGAGGAUGAAUAUGCAUCUUCGGCUUCCUCCUCCUUGUUUGGAUUUGGAACCAAUCAAAAUAACCACAAUAACAUUCAUUUUCCGUUCUCUUCUUCUCCCUAUUCAACCUCUCCCAACAUGUUUCUUCAACAAAAUUCCAUCUUAAAGACUCAUCAUCACUCCAAUUUUUAUUUGUGCACGUUUGAUGCGAGAUUAUUAUCGAGUCCGGAAGGCUUGAAUUUCAUCUUGUCUGCAAUUACGUCAGAGAAGCAAAAACUAUCCGAAAGGGAUGAAAAGGGUAAAAUUGUUCUGGUAGUUCCAUCGAAUCUUGGUCUAAACGAGAAUCAACACUUGUUGAAAAUUGUUGGAAAAUUAGCCAAGCAAUCCGAACAUGAUUUUAUUUCAUCAGCAUCAACGGAUAGAAGAAAUUCGAGUGAUAGUGAUGAGUCAUCAGGAAAUGCAUCACAUUCAAAUCGUUUAUCGUCUCCGGCCACACCUCCAACACAGAAUGACCAACUUUCAACUAUUGUGGAUGAGUAUCUCGAUGAAUUAUUACGUCCUCUUCAACAACUCUACAAACAAUACAAUUCACUCGACACCCAUACCUUCUCAGAGUAUAGAGCAAAAUUAAGAAACCUAUUUAUUGGUGUUAGCUUAUUGGCAGAUGCAGCUCCGAAAGUUAUUGCGAAAAUAGUUGGAUGUUACAGCGAAAUGGUUUGCAAUUUCUUGUUGGAGUAUUUGCAAUUUGAAGGAGAACGUAAUUCUCUUACUGUUGCAUUGAUAGAUAGUAAGAAAUACCUCGUGACAGCGAUUGAAGAAGUUACCCAUAGUGACAAGGUUAACUUUACCAUUUAUGAGCAAAGAAAGAAAGACCAAUAUUUAAGAGCUCAUUAUGAUUCACCUCUGGUUGAUACUGAUUUAAUUGAAGAAUUGAAUGGACAUGUUGCCGAUGUUUUGAUUGCACCAGGAAAUAUUGGAUGUGACAAUAAGGGUGAUAUUGUGCUGUUUGACAUUAGCCCAAAUUCUGACAUGUCAGUGGCUAUUUUUGCCACCAAGCUCGACAUUGGCAGUGUUGAUUUUUGGACAAAGGAUGGUGGUAUUUUCACCUGCUCCGAGAUGAAAACUACAAAUGCAAAAUUCGUUUUUGAGUUAUCUUAUCAUGAGGCACUAGAAAUAGCUACUUCUGACAAUUUCAAAGUAUUGCAACCCAGAAGUCUCAAAAUCUUGCAGGAAUCGGAUAUUCAAAUUAGAAUACGAUCCGUAAAACUUUUCAAUCGAUUCUCAAAAGGCUAUCUUGACAAGGAAUACAUAACAGUCAUUAAGAGCGAAUCUUCCAAUGACGAUACCGACAAUGAACAACAUGACCAUGUCACUAGCUUGACCUAUGAAGAAAAAGUGCCACAUGUAAAGUGCAUUUGUAUCCGACGAGAUAUUCUGAUGCUUUCAAUUGAUACGUUGGACAUGUGGCAAAAAGUUGGUUUCUUGGCUGAUGUUUUUGGAAAAUUCAAAAAGUAUAACAUUUCGGUGGAUUUUGUUACAACCUCAGAGGCCAACAUUACCAUCACUUUGGAUGCAACCAAUAAGCUUGAUAAUGAAGUUCUUAACAAGUUAGUGAACGAUUUGAGAUCCAUGAAUUGUAGAGUUGAAAUAAUUGGGCCUUGUUCUGCCUUAUCUCUCAUAGGAAAGAAUAUUAGAUCAUUCUUACCUCGCCUCUCAUCAGGGUUAACCUAUUUCUCUGGACAAAAGAUUCAUUCUGUGGCACUUGCUGCAUCCGAUGUGAAUUUGACCUUUUUACUUGACCAAAAUAAUUCCAAUGAACAAUUAUUGAAGGAAUUACAUGACUGGGUCUUUAUUAAGCAAUCCAUAGAUUCACAUUACAUUGGACCUACAUGGUCUGAACUCUUUGAAACACAAACACAGAAAGUGAAUGAUGUGAGUGGAAAGCAUGUCUGGUGGCGUCGCAAGAGACAGCAAUUACUUGAUCUCAUUGAGAAGGAAGAUCAAGCCAUCUAUGUCUACGAUGUUGAACAAUUCUUAGCAAAUGCACAAAAACUCAUUAACAUUUCCAUUAGGAAUAAUGGUCCAGUUGAUCAAAUUUUCUUUGCUCUCAAAUCGAAUCCACAUCCAGAAAUACUCAAAAUUUUUGAGAGUGUUGGUUUUGGUUUGGAAUGUGUUUCGAUCGAUGAGGUUCGAAUGGUUUGCUCCUUAUUCCCAAAUAUAGAUCGAGCAAAUAGAAUUCUCUUCACACCUAAUUUUGCUCCCAAGAAGGAAUAUCGUGAAGCCCUGAGUCUUGGUGUCAUGCUCACGAUUGACUCAUUGUAUCCUCUCAUGAACUGGGGAGAGUUAUUGCGAGGUAAAUCUGUCCUGUUGAGAAUUGAUCCAGGAGCAGGCAAGGGACAUCAUGCCAAAGUUAAGACAAGUGGUGUUCAGUCCAAGUUUGGAAUUCAUAUUAGCGAUAUCCCUCAAGCAGUCAAGUUAUGUGCUCAAUACAAUAUUACAGUGAUAGGUCUUCAUGCUCAUGUUGGAAGCGGAAUUUUGGAUGAAGCAGAAGCAUGGAAGAAGACAGCUGUCACAUUAGCUCAACUUAUUGCUGAACAUCCAAAACUCAUGAACGAUGUGAAAAUGAUUGACUGUGGAGGAGGUUUAGGAGUUCCAUAUGUUCCAUACAAACAAACAGAGCUUGAUUUAUCGGAAGUAGCAAAAGCAAUGAUCGACUUUAAAAAGAAUCACAAUCCUACCAAUGUCAAAUUAUGUAUGGAACCAGGUCGUUUCCUGACUGCGAAUGCUGGAGUUUUGCUGGCAAGAGUGACACAAAUCAAGAAUAAGAUGAACAAGUUAUUUGUUGGAAUAGAGACUGGUAUGAAUUCCUUAAUUCGACCAACGCUGUAUGAUGCUCAUCAUGAAAUUGUGAACCUCUCAAAAAUUAGCGAUCCCAACAGUGAUGACCCAGCUGAAAGUACCAUGAUUGCUGAUAUUGUUGGACCCAUUUGUGAGAGUGGUGAUGUCUUUGGAACAGAUCGAGCCAUUUCUAGUGAAACACGUGAGGGUGACGUUUUGUGCAUUUGUACGGCUGGAAGUUAUGGUUACAGUAUGUCCUCUCAUUACAACAAUCGAGUUCCUGCCAAGGAGAUUUUUAUUUUGCCUCAAAAUACCAAGAAUCAAUAG